AACUUUUUCCAAGCCAUUCAAACUAGUCAGUUUAAGGAUUCCACCCAGCAUUUAUUGAUGCACACUCACAAACUGAUAUAAAAUCAUCUGGAUUUAGCAUGUCUCAGUUUGCAUGGCUUCCCUCAAGAAAGAUUGUUAGGCUUUUAAAGAGAAAAGAUCAGCUAUGUUUGCCAGCCAGCCAGGAAGGGGGUCCAAAUCCUUGCUACUCAUUAUGACUCAAAUAAGGCCACAAUUACAGUCAGCGUGAGACAGUUAUGAACGUGGCUACCUGGACCAGAUGCGUCAAGGAUGGAGAAGGGGUAUAUUUAUAAAGCAAGGAAGUAUGUUCACCCACACCAAAGGAGGUAUCAGAGGAACCACUUCCAACUUUGACUACCAAUCAGGUAACAUACCUACAGAAUAAGCAAAAUGCAUGUUGGCAACUACAAUAAUAUUUUUCAGGGAGACAUGUUCAGAUUUUCUUUAGUUAGUUUCUUUCUUCAUUAGCAGAGCUGCUCCAUUGUCUCCGGGUUGUGACAGAAUGCAGACGACUAGGAUGCUAAUUUCAAGUUCCUUCUUGUUGCUCAUCUCUUUAACAAUCUGCUCUGCCCAACAUUGGUCAUAUGGCUUCCAACCUGGUGGGAAGAGAGAUGUGGAAAACCUAAUAGAUUCCUUCCAAGAGAUUGAAAAUGAGAUGGAGAAGGCUGGCGAGCUGCAGCCCUUUGAAUGCAAUGUGCCACACCAGCAUUUCACGCUCAGAGGACUGAAAGGUGCUCUUGCAAGUCUAAUUGAAGGAGAGAAGGGACAGAAGAAGAUCUAAAGCUGCGAAAGUCCAAAUGAAAAAUAAAGCAGAAGGGAACUGUUGCAAAGCAAACAUUUAACUGCAACAUCAGACUUGACUUAGGUAUGCUGUAGACAAACCAACGGGGAAAAUAUCUAGUUUGCCAUUGUGUUAUUAAGCUUCAAAUAAAAUGUCCUUAAACUACU